AAAUUACGUCAGUACCAGACGGGUGCAUAGUACAGGAAGAUCUGCUCGUUCAUGCGAAGAGUGGACUCAUGUUUGUCCCUGAAAUUUUGAGAGCCCGAAUACUAUACUACUGUCACUGCAGCAGAAUCGGUGCACAUCAAGGAGCACAGAAGAUGAUCGUCAGGAUAAAGAAGCACUUCUACUGGCCCUUGUUGGCGAAAGAUUGUGUCGAUUUCACUGCUGGUUGCCUUACAUGUCAAAGAAGAAUGAAUAUCGUCAAUUUGGUUGGAAAAGGUGUCUUGUUAUCCACUGAUUUCAACCUAUUGGUUUCGGUCGAUGCAAUAGGACCUUUCAUGUACAAGAAGAAAACUUACAACCUAAUCACCAUGAUUGAUAACUUAACCAAGUGGGUAGAAGUUGGAGUGCUCGAAGAUGGCACUGCAUUAACUGCAUGGAACUUGGUAUAUUCCAUGUGGAUCUGUAGAUUAGGAGUGCCAAUGAAAAUGCUAACCGACAACGGUGCCAUGUUUACUGGUCGUGACUUCUGCGACAAAGUGGAGUCCCUAGGGAUUCGAACUAGUAACGCGACGCCACAGUACCCGCAAGGAAACUCUAUGGUGGAGUCAUUUCACCACUUUCUCAAAGGAGCACUGUCAAGAACAAGUGUCAACAAUUGGUCUUUUGAGGAAGUGCUUGCAUCCGUGCUUUACGCCUACAGGUCAACUCCGCAUAUUUCCACUGGAGAAUCACCGUAUAGACUACUCACAGGAAAUGACAUGGUACUACCUCACUUUCAAUC